AUGGUCGGAGAGGCUCGGCGCGGCGUUGAAGCGGCUGGAGAAGUGAGGGAAGAAGGUUGCGCGCAGGUAGCUUCAGUGGAGGAGGGUUGCGUGAUGGUUUCAGAGGCGUGGCGUGGGAUUAUGGCUGCCGUCCUGGCAGAAGUUUCUUUUGUCGCAGAUGGUGAAUUCGCUGUGGGGAUAGAAUUCAGUUCUAGGAAAGCUGUUAUUAAGGCGAUGAAGGAGUAUACCCUCCGAAGAAGUGUAGACUACCAGGUGUACGAAUCGGAGUCGUUGACAUUUUAUGCGAAGUGUACACAGUACGGGUCAGGGUGUGAUUGGCUUAUCAGAGUUAGCAUGAUCAGCAGAAAGUACUGUUGGGUUAUUAGGAGGUACAACAGCAGUCACACUUGUACCAGAGCAACCAUUUCUCAGGAUCAUUCGAAGCUGGAUUCAAAUACAAUUGUAGAAGCCAUAAAGCCGUUGGUUGAGGCUGACCCCUCGUUAAAGGUAAAAUCAGUUAUUGCUGAAGUGCAGUCGAAGUUCAACUACACCGUCAGUUAUCGGAAAACUUGGUUGGCUAAGCAAAAGUCAGUUGAGAAAAUAUUUGGAGGUUGGGAAGCACCGUACGAAGCGUUGCCCAUAUGGUUCGAGACCAUGUGUCAUAAGGAGUCGUCAGCUGUUGUACAUUUUGAGACUAUGCCUGCAUAUCAAGGGGAUGACUUGGUAACUGAUAUCCGGGAUGGUAACAACAAUAUCGUCCCGAUUGCAUUUGCUAUUGUCGAGGAAGAGACUUCUGAUGCGUGGCACUUUUUUCUUAGUAACCUGCGUCAACAUGUUGUGACUCGGGAUGGUGUCAGACUUAUAUCAGACCGACAUGAUUCCAUUGUGGAACGCAGUAACGGAGCUUGGUCACCUCCUAAAGCUUUUCACAUGUUUUGCAUCAGAUAUUCGAGGACGGUUCGCGAGUAUGAAGUGUGGUACCAGCGUUUGAGAGAGCGGGGUGAGGCGUACACUAACUGGUUAGACCGUAUACCCCGUGAACAGUAUGUGUUGGCAUUCGACAGUGGUUACCGAUGGGGUCACAUGACGACUAAUCUAGUGGAAUGCAUCAACUCAGUCUUGAAAAGUGCACGCAAUCUCCCCAUCACUGCACUUGUGAAAGCAACAUUCUACAGACUUAAUGAGUUGUUCACACGAAAAAGAGCCGAGGCAGAGGCUAGGAUCAAUGCUGGCCAUGUGUAUGUGCAUGAUGUUUUUAAGAUGGACCAAGUUAGACGCGUUUAUCGGGCUAGGUUUAGGCCACUCGGGAAUCCAACUAUGUGGCCUUCUUAUAAUGGUCCUCGAUUCGUACCGAAUCCGUAUCUGAGACACGUUUCCAAAGGUCGCCCCAGGAUGACGCGCUUCUUGAAUGAGAUGGUCACACAGAUGUUACGUCGUCCAAGGCGAUGUAGGCAAUGUGGGGCUGAGGGACACAGUCGUAGUAGAUGCCCUCAGGGAGGUGGUCCAGGUACUGACCAUAAUGCGCAAUAG